AUUAAUAAGUAUCACAUGGUUUUUGAACUGGCUGCACUGUGCGCAUAUGCAUUGCGAAAUGGUGACACAUGCCGAAAUGAGAAGUCUCUGUUCACGUCAAUAAAAUCAAUUGCUUCCUUUCAAGAGUUCCUUUUUCCUUCUCUGAUCAGGAUUGUUUACAGAAACGCUGUAUGCAACGUGUGGUUUCUUCUGUCUGUGAUUCUGAAAUGCUGCUGGCAUUAUUGUCUUGAUAUCAGCCGAAAGGACAGCCUGUUCUCCCCCCGGCGGCUGCGCUUCGACCAGUUCGCCUCGGUGCUGUACGAGGGGGAGCCCUACAUGACCCCGAGGGACUUCCUCUACUCCGUCAUGCUGGAGCACGUGGACCAGGAGCACAGCUGGACAAAUGAUUCUGAGAGAGGCAAGCUGCACAAAAAAAUGCUGACCAAAGAGGAAGUGCAUGGCAUGCUGAACAUUGCAUCGAAAACGAAGCCCAGCAGCGGUCUCUUCAGGAACCUGGGCGAUUAUGGGCUGAUUUCCUACACUGAGUACUUGUUCUUGCUGACUAUUUUAACAAAACCACACACGGGAUUUCAAAUUGCAUUCAAAAUGCUUGAUGUCGAUGGCAAUGAGCAUGUGGAUAGAAGGGAAUUUUUGAAGCUCAAGAACAUAAUUUCAAAGAGGAAAGAGGCAAAACCCCCGAAAGACGAUGCAGAGAAGUCUGGUGCUGAGGUUGGCGAUGAAGUGUACACAACUCUGCAGGCGUACUUCUUUGGGAGGACUGGAAACCAGAAGCUCCAGUACAAGGACUUUUGCAGGUUCAUGGAAGACCUGCAGGCAGAAGUGCAGGAGAUGGAAUUCCUGCAGUUCUCCAAGGGCAUGGACACCAUGCGGAGAGAGGACUUUGCCGAGUGGCUCUUGCACUAUACCAACGAGGAGGACAACGAGGCCUACUGGGAAAACAUGAGGAAGAGGAUACCGCCUGGCCAGAGCAUCACUUUUGAAGAGUUCAAGUCGUUCUGUCUGUUCACAAACAACAUAGAGGACUUUGCCUUCACAGUGAAAAUAAUCAAUGAAGCUAACCGCCCUAUAGGAAUGGCGGAAUUCGAAAGAGCCGUCAGCAUCGCAACAGGACACAAGCUUUCGGAAAAUGUUCUGGACACUGUUUUCAAGAUAUUUGACCUGGACGGUGAUAACUGCCUCAGUCAUAAGGAAUUCCUGGGAGUGAUGAAAGACAGGAUUCAGCGGGGGUUGAAGGUGCAGCCACAGCAGGCUGUGCAGAUGGGCUGAUGUUCUCCUCUGCGCAGGUGCAGCCACAGCAGGCUGUGCAG